UGUAAGUGGUACGUGGUUUAUCAGCUUGGCCUUUACUUUAGUAGCCGCUAGCUGGUCAGACGAAGUUAGUCUGGCUUCACACUGUCCUGGAGAGCUGGAGUGAUAUGACGACUAGACGCAGGUGAAGCUUCUGUGUUGUUUUGGAGGGACAAUGAUUCUUUGUUGAAUCUGACCCUGUCUCUCAGUCAGUCCUCUGCUGCUCCUCACUAAACAGCCACCCACACCAAAUAAGGAAACAGCUAAUCGGUUAAGGUCUUGUGUGUAGCGUAAGGAAUGGAUGUAAAUAAAAGACAGGAGGCCACUAGCUCCAUGGAUGAGGUGGAGGAUGAGGAGCUGUGUGAAGCUCUCGCCGUUUUGUCUGGAAGUGAUCCGGAUAAGUGUUCAUAUCCUCGGGGAUAUGUGAAACGACAGGCUGUGUUUGCUUGCAGUACCUGCACAGGUGAGGACAUGGAGCCGGCUGGAGUCUGCCUGGCCUGUGCUAACACCUGCCACGAUGGCCACAACAUCUAUGAACUGUACACGAAAAGGAACUUUCGCUGUGAUUGUGGUAACAGCAAGUUUGGCUCGUUUAAAUGCACACUGAUCCCUGACAAAGAGGGACGAAACAUCAAGAACGUUUAUAAUCACAAUUUCUUUGGCCAUUAUUGCUCUUGUGACAGACCUUAUCCUGAUGAGGAUGAUAAGGUUGGUGAAGCAAUGAUUCAGUGUAUUCUCUGUGAAGACUGGUACCACUCAAAGCAUCUGGGUUGUGCAGUCGUGGAUUCGGAGGAGUUAUUGGAGAUGGUGUGUGAGAGUUGUAUGAACAGCGCUCCCUUCCUUUGGACUUAUGCUGCCUAUUUUGCAUGCCCUCCAGUAACCAACCUGAGUCUCUGUAGAGAGGAUGAGGAUGAUACUGUGGCUGGAAAUAAAGAAGAGAAAGAUGCAAUGUUGCCUUCAUGCAGUAAUUGCCAUGAUGGGCCCUCCACAAGUAAAGACUGUCAGAAGGAAGCGAUGCUCACCAGUAAUGGAAUUAAAGCUGUAAACCACAAGAGGACGCGUGAGGAGAUGGAGAGGUGUCCUGCGAAGUGCCAGUCUGAAACUGCACCAUGCAAACUGAAGGAGUUAAAGGCCAAAGGCUUGGUGAGGCCAAGGGUGGGGGCAGUGUUCUGGCCGUAUGACUGGCGGAUCAAGCUUUGCACUUGCACAAACUGCAAGAGAUCGUACGUGGAAGCUGGUAUUCAGUUCCUGAUGGAUGAGUCAGACACUGUGCUCGCAUACGAGAAUCAGGGCGAGGCAUUGCUGGAGGAAGACCUGCUCAUGUCCUGCCUCAGCUCCCUGGAUCAUGUCCAGCAGCUGGAGAUCAUUUAUCAGUACAAUGAUAUGAAAUCAGAGCUACGAGAGUUCCUUCAGCAGUUUGCUGACCAGGGAAAGGAUGUGACCCCUGAGGCUAUCCACAAGUUUUUUGAAGAGCUUCAGUCAAGGAAAAGGAGACGGACCAGUGCUGGGCAGUAUUACUGCAGCUGAGCUGGUAUGGAUGGUGGCCAUCCUUGCAUUCCAGCUUCUUCCUUUCUAAACAUACUUGAAGCAAUUGCAAGUGUUAAUGUCAAGCUGCUAAUGUAUAUCGCACACCUCACCCUGUCUGACAUGGGAAGAGUGGACAUUAGUGUAUGUCCACAUUAAGACUCAUGUACAAGGUGGUCAAUAAACUUGAACUGACUGUAAUGGACUAGAGAGUUGGCUGGGGUCCAGAAACUAGACAUUUUAAAAAAGAUAGACAAUUUGAAGGUUCAACUCAACCCAUUAAUCACUAUGCUUUCGGCAAACUGGAUGAUUUAAAUACAGUUUUGAAAUGCA